ACGAGCACAAUUGAGCGUGACACACAAAACAAAUAAGUGUCAGCCGUUGAGAAGACAAACUAACGGGACCUGUUCGGCCGGCUCGGUUUUCAGGUGUGUGUGGAGGAACGAGUGAAGAGGUAGAAAAUGUCUGAGCUCAGUGACGAAGCCAGUGAAUCAGAGCAACUGGGUGCCAGCCUCUCCCUGUGGCUGGGUGACUCCCUGGUGCGACUUGAGGAGCUGGACGUUCCUCUGGACCUCCACACCGCCUGCUCCAUCGGCCAGUAUGACGUGGUGGCGGAGUGUAUCAAAAAACGUGAGGUGGACCUGAAUGGCAAGAACGUUGGAGGAUGGACCCCACUGAUGUAUGCAUCUUACAUCGGCCAUGACAACAUUGCAAAUCUCCUGUUGGAGGCGGGUGUGAAUGUAAACGCUACCACUGCCAAAGGAUUAAGCCCCUUGAUGCUGGCAGCAAGCUGUGGGAAUGAAAGCAUCGCGUACUUUCUGCUUCAGCAAGGUGCUGAUUUGGAGCUGAAGGACUCUCGAGGCUGGACCGCUCUGUUCCACUGCACGAGCACAGGCCACCAGCAGAUGGUCAGGUUCCUGCUCGACAACAAUGCUGAUGCCAAUGUCAAGGAGCCAGGGUCUGGUUUCACUACCCUGAUGGAGGCUGCUGCUUCUGGACAUGAAAUCAUUGUUCAGUACCUACUUGAUCAUAAAGUUAAAGUGGAUGACCGUAACGGUAAAGGAGAGACCGCCCGUGCCCUCGCCAUGCUAUACGGCUAUACCAAGAUUGUCAGCAUCAUGGACUUGCAUUCUCCAAGGACCAAACCAGGACAUUUUGAAGACCUGAGCUCCUCCGAGGACUCGGACAGUGCACCGCCACGGGGGAGGCCGAGUCGAAACCGAGCUAAAGGCGUUAGCAUCCAUGAUGGGCCCCAGGCCAUUGCCAAGUUCCGAGUAGGAGGCACCAGCAAACUGUGCGAGCCUCCUGCAGCACCACCUAGCUCCAUGGCGUUUCGUGACAUCGGUGAACAGAGUGAGGGUAUCCGCAACCGUGAUGUGACCUCACCCAUAAACGAGCUUGACGGCCAGAGCAAUAGCAGCAGAGAUGACAGUCCAUUUUUUGAAAAUGACAUGCCCACCAUGAGGAGCAGCAGUAGCAGUAGCGAAGGCCUGCCCCAUGUUAUUGGCCUCAAGUGGGAAGGCUCAGUGGAGAGUAACGAGGACUCGGACCAGUGCAAAAAGAGCAGCUCUCGCCGCGUAAAUAAGGGCCACCACUCGAAAGGCAAGAAUCGUCACGGAAGCAACGAUGCGUCUCACUCAAGCGGUACAGGGAACUGUGGGAUGCGCUCACAUGUUGGUCUUCCACCUUCUUAUACUGGUCCAAAGGAUCUGGCAGAGUUCUUGGAACAAAUUGGCUUUUCUAAGUAUCUCCCCGUUCUUGAAGAGCAAGACAUUGACCUCCGGAUAUUUCUCACCUUGACUGAAAAUGAUCUCAAAGAAAUCGGGAUCACAUUGUUUGGACCCAAGCGAAAGAUGACCUCGGCUAUAGCAAGAUGGCACAGCAGUGCGCGACCACCCAGUAAUGCUUUGGAACAGGCUUAUGCUGACCAGCUUGAAGCGGAGAUGCAGGAGAUGGCCAUUCAGCUACACAAACACUGUGAGGAGGCGGAGAGCCUUCAGAGCCAAGUGUCUCAGGAGAAAGAGCUGCGUACCGUGAUGGAGGGAUGUCUGAUGGAGGACAAGGUGGCAUGGAGGAGGGUCCAUGCUGAGCUGGUGGAGAACCACCGGCUAGCUCAGGAGAUGACCUCCACACUGGCGAAGUCCAGGGCCUGCAGCGCUGAACUGCUCUCCUGUUUCACUACUGAUGGGAAUAGCAGCUUGUAUGCUGCCGCGGAAGAUGAAACAAAAAGUGACCAUGGUGUUAAAGCUGGAGAGGGCUCUACGCACUCCAGUGUUGCAGAGUUACUCGAGAAGCUGGGUUCCUUUGAAGAAGAACUGGCGGGGACCUUGCAAACUGUGCUUCACAGUCUCAGGCGACUGAGUGCACCCGAAAAAGUAUCUGAUAGCUGGGAACAGCCUUAACUAUUACAGGAGGGCGUCUUGCCAAUAUUUGACGGAGGGUGAUCUAACCACCCUGAACAAUCUCACUGACAUGAGAGAAGGCCAAAGACGAGGCCUGCCCUGCCACACCAGAACGGCUCAGGAUCAGCUGGCUGCUGCUCCCGGAUUGGCUGAUGGACCAGAGCUCGCCAGAUGUGGACAAGGCAAAGGGUGCAGUGAAAUGACAAAGAGGCAGGAAGGGUACCUCACCCUCACCCGCUUGUACUGGUUGAAUGCUGGACUCCAGCAGUUGGGUAGAGGAGACGGGACUGAUCGCAGAUCAGAGGCUGGAAUACUGUGAAAUGUUCAGAGGAAAACUGUACUCUCUUCCAAUAUGAAAUGUGGUUUAGAUGAUGUUCAAGCCGAAGAGUAGUCAGUGAAGACAUUGGUUAUUUGAAGGAAAUCUUAUUUGUAUGCUGUUGUUGAAAAUAAUGUCCUGCUGAAUGCAUUGAAGAUAAAUGUGUGAACCCUGUCAGUUAAUCAUUUACAGCAAUACGUGUUUAUUGUGUUGCAACAGAUGUGUUAGUGGUGCAAUGAAGUGGUUAGUCUAUCAAUCAGAUUUACUUUGUAGAUCUGUCUUACCCUGAAAUUCUCCCAUAUCUUUAAAAUGCCAGAUAGUCUUGGUUGUAUUAAAACCUUGUUGCCUGAUAGUUGAGUGUGGACACAUAUUUCUUUGAAGUUAAAUUAUCUUUAAAUGUCAAUGUUUUUCAACAUAAUCAGAUGUUGGAGGAGCACAUCCUUGUAUGACAACUUUUUUUUUUAAUCUGCAAACAGAUUAUGUGACUAACACUAAUUUCAUGAUAGUUUGAAGAGAAUAUUUGCAAAUGUAUUGGAGUUCCAGUAUUUAUGUUAGUAAAAUUAUCCAAACCAAAAAAAAUAAUAUAUAUAUAUAUAUAUAUAUAUAUAUAUAUAUAUAUAUAAAUGCCCACAAGCAGCCUUUUGGGAGAGAUUCCAUGACCAGUUGUAUAAAGUUUUCAGAGGUCAAGCAACAGUAAAAUGUGGUCUAAAGCAGGCAGCAGGAAAACACAAAAAUAGAUUUUCUCUUUGGAUUCUGUUCAAAUCUUUUUUGAGAAGCAGCUGAAAACUGCAGAAUUAUUUGACAUUGUCAAAUUGUGGUGAUGAGAAGAAUCCACAAUGCAUAAAGUGUGUGCAUCAUUUAUUAAUAUUAACACAUUUGUCAGUCGUCUCUUUUUUUACUUAUUAAACCUCCUUGAAAUUG